AUGCGGCGUGGUCGUUGCCAAACGAAGAGUAGAGUAAUUGGUUCUCAUGUAAAACCCUAUUACAUGGAUGUGAAGCGUAUUCAUAAGCCUAAGAACAUUAUCAACGAUGUUCGCAAGGAAUUUGGGGUGAACAUAAGUUAUUCAAAGGCAUGGCGAUCGCGGGAAAAGGCUUUGGACAUGAUUCGAGGGGGUGCGGAGGAAUCAUUCCAGUUGCUACCAUCUUAUCUGUACAUGUUGAUGUUGAAAAACCCUGGGACGAUUGCUGAAAUCAAGAGUGACAGUGAGAGCAGAUUCAAGUACCUAUUUAUGGCAAUUGGUGCAUGUCUUGUCGGAUUUCGUAGCCAAAUGCGACCCAUAAUUGCAGUUGAUGCUUGCUUUCUGAAGGGUAAAUAUCUUGGUAGUUUGUUUGUUGCCACAUGCAAAGACGCAAUUGGCCAUGAGAUACCUGAUUUGGUAUUUGUGUCUGACAAGCAUAAAAGCAUCAGUAAGGCGGUACUGACGGUUUUCCCUAAUGCACUACACAUACAUUGUAUAUAUCACAUUAGCCAGAACGUUAAAGCUAAAUUCAAGCAUGAAAAUGUGCAUGCUUUGUUCUAUAAGGUAGCGAAGGCUUAUCGAGAAUCAGAAUUCCAUGAAUUGUUUAACGAGCUCGAGCGAUAUGAUCCAGCCGUCGGGACCUAUCUAAGAGAGGCCGGCUUCAGUCGUUGGGCACGUGCCUAUUCGGAUGGGAAGCUGUUUGAUAUAAUGACGACAAACAUUGUAGAAUACCUUAAUGUAGCUUUGGUGGAUGCACAACCGAUUGAUAUGUAUAGAUUCAAUGUCAAAAAUGGUAACUCCGGUGGCAUAGUAGACUUGAAGGCGAAAACUUGCACAUGUCGGGUGUUUGAUUUCGACAAAUUGCCAUGCAGACAUGCCCUGGCUACUGCACGUUCACGUAAUAUUGACCCAUACACUUUGUCGUCCGCAUACUACCAAAUAGAGGCUCUGUUGUGUGCCUAUGCCGAUCCGAUUAUGCCAGUGGGCAGUCAGGCCGAUUGGAUCGUACCGGACGAAAGUGCAUCUGUUAAUUUACUACCUCCGGCAACUAGACGCCCAUGUGGAAUACGCAAGACAUGCCGAAUUCCUUCAGCCGGCGAAGAGAAGAGGAGGGUAAAAUGUGGUCGUUGUGGUCAAAUUGGCCACAAUCGCCAAACUUGCUCAAAUCCAAUAAGUCUGGAUGAAAAAAAGGAAGGCAGCAGUAAAAGUGCAAAAGUGGAUCACGUUUGA